AUGGCUUUGGGGAUGGUCGUCCGGCUGAAGCGCUUCGUGUGGCUCCUCCUGGGUGAGUGCUGCUUUGUGCCGAUGCGUUUGGAGACAAGGACUUGGCGUAAUGGAGGCGCGGGACAAAGUAGUAAUAUGGGGAGACCUGGGAAGACUUCCUGCCAUAAUGUCAGUCGGUCUCCAUCUAACAAUUAACAGGACCUGCAAUACCCUGAGGGCAAAUGACAGUGCCUGUAAUGCGGUCCAGGAGAUUUCCCACCAAGCGAGCCGGGAGUGGGCGAGGGAGGGUGGGGUGGCUUUGAGACAUUUGACUUCCUCAAACCCUUUGGCUGUGAUGUGCGCGCGUUGCUUCUUUUGUCCCCUUUAAGUGGUUUGAUUGUACAAAAUUUACUCUCUUCUAUUGAAUUUGCACCCAGCUUCUACUUUAUUUCCCCACAGUGAACAGAUGUGAGACUUCUGUUAGCCCCUGAAGUCAGUAAAUCUCCUCAAGCCAGCAGAGUUGAGGCAGGCUGCAUCCCAAGGCAAGCUGGCUAGAAGAGUAACCUUGAGUAGUCAGGAAGAGGAUGUUGGAAACAAGCUUGAGGCAGCCACAGGGAGGGAUUUGAACAGAUCACCAACACUGCAGACCCUUUCACACAUUACACACAACAAAUCCAGCUUGGCCACCAGCUGCAGACCUGACAGCCAAUCUUUGAUGUGUACCCAUAUAAUAUGUGUUUUCCCCCAGGACUUUAAAUUUUUCAGAUGAAUGCAACCCUUCAAUGCCAGUACAAGAAUCUGAACAUGUCUAGAAUGCAUUCCCUUCCCUAAAGUGCACCUGGGAAUAAGGGACACGGCUUUUGCCUACACUGAGUGUGGUGGCUGCUUUGCAUCCUUGAGCCACUUGCUUCCUGGAAUUGGCUGCAUGUAACAGACCAUGUUCUAUAAAUUAUAAAACUUGUUUGUGCCACCCAUGUAAAUCCCUCUUCCUCUGCUCAAACCAUUUGCCUGCAGACCUUUGUUGUUGUUUUAUGUCCAUCUUUUUCCUUUCCGGGAUUUGAUUGUAUUACAGAUCCUCUCUUCCAGCAUUUAGAAAUCAGCAGUGAAGGGAAGGUGCCCUUGUGCUGUCAAGAAGCUAAGCAUUCAGAAAGAUUGCUAGUAUGUUUACACGCAUCGUUAGUCUGGGGUGGGGGAUCUGCAUCUGGCUGGCAGCUAGAUCCUUAUCUCCCCUCACCCUGUCUGCCCACCUGUCAAUCACCUGACAUCAAAAUGACAUCAUAUAAUUUCUCCUGUACAUUUUUAUUCCUCAGCUUAAACUUUGUGCGGAUGUGUCACUGCUCAAGUUUUCAGCUUUCCAGGGAGUUGCUUAAAAUGGACAAAUAUUUAGCCAUGACAAAUUGUAUCAAAAGCAAGCAAAGGUCUUAACAGAAAUGGCCGCUUAAAUUAUAAGGGAUGUACAGAAAAGGAAGGUGGGUGUUGCCUAGUAGGGCUAGUAGGUUAAUAGCCAUCUUCUUACAUGCUCAUGGCUUGUUUUGUACUUGCUUUGUCCCACAGUGUCACUGAGCAUGUUUACUGCACAGGUUAUCUUCAGUGUAUUGCUCAGGUGUCCUGAGAAGGCUAUGCUGUGAGGCAAGGAUUUGCACCACUGUGUUUGCCUGUUGGCACUGCAGUCAAGCGUGGUCACCUUUGCUAUCACAAUUUGCUAUUGCAAUAAUGUUAUACCAGUGGAAUAGAUGACCCUGCCUUGCAGUGGAGGGUAAAAGUAAGUGACCUUUCUGCUCCCUUGCAGCGCUAUAAGUUUAUGUGUUGCCUUAUUGGUGACAGUAAUGCAAAUUAUGUUUGGUGAAUAUGAAGUUGAAACUCUUUCCUUGGAUUGGAAAUGAAGCAAAGUAAAACAGCUGGAUCACUGCUGUCAUGCAUAGGUCUUCAGCCUGUGGGUCAAAAGCCACAAAUGGAUAGCAAGCAAGGCCAUCUCAGGUGGGUUGUAGCAAAGCUGUUGCUGCCCUGCUGGACUCUAGCUAAGGUUGACCAGACCAAAGGAUCACAAAAUGCAGUGUCUGGGCUAGAACACAUUGUUUUGAUGAGACACUCAUUUCAACAAUUUCCAUGAAUGCUGGCUGCAAAGAGGCAGGAGAAAGGCAAUUUUCAGUAUUUUUCAGUAAGAAAGACUUUUCUGGCCAACUGUAUGCCCCACCUUCCUAUAGCUCUCUAUGGAGUAAGGACGCUCUGUUCACUUUCUGGUCUGUUUCUCUGGCUUUCUAGACUUCUUCUACAACUGGUAGUAUCCUGGGACUAUAAUGCAGACGUAUGCUUUGUAGUGGGUAGGAGGAACGGUCUUCUGUUCUUCGGAAGAGAAGCAACAAUAAUUCCCUCCUCCACGCGUUAAAAUCUACCCCACCACUUAGAACUCAGCAGAACAUUCUUCCCUUGUAGCUCACCAGAACACAAGCUAAAAAACAAAUUUGUGGGAGGGUAUCUAGUGAAGACAAGCAUCCACUGGGGACACGGAGCUGCCAGGAAUUGAGACAAGGAGUUGCAGAAAAGAAUCCUUGAUCUCUGUUGUGGCACAACCUUAAAAGUGCAAUUUCAGUAACUAAUAUUACCAAAGUUUUGGAUAUCAGUUAGUGAAGUGCACUUAGAAUUGGCAAGUGAAGCAAUCAUUCACCCGUUGCCAUUUGGUAGCACCUGUCUUCAUGAGCAGGCUUCUCAACAAUGGUGAUCCUCAAAACAAAAACAAAACCCCAAUUUGGUUGUACAAGGUGAGCUGUGGGUUAGGUUUUCACGUAUCACCCCCCACUGGAAUUAAAUCUGAAAUGACAUUUGCUCAGAUGUCUCAUUGAAAUGGUGAGUCUUUAAAUCAAUCAGUCAAUCACUGAUUUUCAAUAGCUUCGCAGCCUUUUGGCUAAGAAAAAGUGUAAAAAUCACUGGUUUUCAUUUCACACUAAUGCCAAAGUAGCACUAUGUAUGUUGCUUUGUGAAUUACCAUUUCAAUAGAAGUGAAGUGUCUUGGUAGUACUAUGAAGUAUAAAUCGAAUGUGAAUCUGUGAAAGCGGCUAGUGUGGAGGUCAGAGGUGGGUCUCGGGCCGGGGCACUUAAACCUAUAGAAUCUGAGCAGAGUUGGGCUCAUCUAGUCGCCUGGAAUGCAGGAGAGACUCAUCGAAUCAUAGAGUGAUUCUGUGUAUGGGCAUAUUGUGACAGCCUCUUUGAAAUAGACACUUCAGAAAAUAAAAUGGCUUCUAAACAUAAUAACAAGAUGCAAUGUGAAUUGAACGAUAACAACAAAUGAUCAAGGGGCUUGUUAUAAAUAAACAACACUCAUUUCCCCAUCACAUUUUGACUGUAGAACCAUCUGGCACUGACACAUAUUAAAAAGUAAAUUCACCGUUUCAGAGCAGAUCUAGAGCACACAGAUUCUCAGGCUUGAUAUACCAGGCAGUGGUACAACUGCAUGAAUUGCAGCCUUUGGGCUCAGUGGUCUUACCACUGAGGACCGCUUUAGGGGAGGACAUCUUUAGAUGGCUGCAGGUGUCACUUUAGAAGGACAUCUUCACGUGAUUCUCUUUGGUUAAGCUAAGAUGCUUUACGUUGCUUUUAUGGUUUUAUUCAGUUGCUUUACGCUGGUUCCAAGCAGGACAUAAUACAGAAUUCAGUUUGUGGGAGAAACUGUGGAAAACUGAUUUAAAAUUUACAGCUUGUUGUGUGCUGAAAGAGAAUUAUGAAAAUGAUAUAUAGGUGGUACCUGACACCAAGUAAGCUAGCAAAGAUGUACAAAUCAGAACCAUGUAACUGCUGUUAAUGUCAAGAAACAGAAGGUAUGUUUUACCAUAUGCAGAGCUAGCAAGCCUAACCAUCAGAAUAAGAGAUCAAGAAGACUGGAAAAUGUUUGUAGAAUACCAUAUUUACUCAAAUGUAAUGCACACCUCUUUGGGCCAAAUUACGUCAUGAUAAUUAGGGUGUGCAUUAGAUUGAUAGCGCAUUUACAUUCAAGUAAAUAUGGUAUGUGAAGAAUCAUUGUAAACAAAUUAAAACAUUAGCAGAAUUAGAGUAAAAUGAGCAGUAUAAAUUAUGUUGAGAUAAAAUGAGAAAGAGAGGUUAUGGAGUGAUUAAAUUAUGCAGCAGAAAUGGAUAGAAAGUGCCAUGGAAGUCGAUGUUUUUGGUGAAUGUGGAAAACUAACAAUGAAAAUCAUCAAUAUGUGUUGUUUUUGUUUUUAAAAAUACAUUGGUUCCAAUUUGGUUUGUUUUUUACGUUAAAAACUUCCAAGGCUCUUGUUACUCCGGGGGUUUCCCUGUCAGCCCAUUCCUUUUCCUUUUAAAAUUUGAGGAAAGUAUUGAAAACAAUAUCAAAUAUUUUUGUACACUUGCAGGCUUCUUGAGGCAAUGCUUGAGUUACAAUGCUGAAAAAUGAAAUUGUCAUACAGAUUGUGGGAUUAUUUUUGAGGUCAGGUCCACUGCUUUGCUUCUUGCUUCUUUCUGUCCUUUGCGGAAAGACUAGUGAAUAAUGCAUUGGGCUGUGCUAUAUAUAAUGGACUUAUCUGUACAACAUAAUUAACUAUUUACUACUGUUUAGCUUGUAACUCUUCACUAGGAAACAGAAGACGCUACAAGUCAGACCCUCUUUGGUUUUAAAGUUAUUUUUAUUGUCUAGGAAAUAGCAAAUUGAUCAUAUUAUGAUUUGGGGAAAAUGUUUCUUUUGUAUAAGAUUUUUUAUUACAAUUUUAUCAUAAUACAGUAAAAUUACAACUACAAAAAAAGAAAAAAGAAACAGAGAAUUGAAAGAAAGGGACAAUAGAAAUAAAGAAAAAAUAGGAAGGAAGAAAAUUUGAUUAUUUAAAACCUUCAGUCCAUGUGAACAUCCAUCUUCUCCACUUUCUGUAAAACAAUAUUUUGUGUAAGUCAAGGUGUCUCAGAAUCAUUCAUUUUUUUUCCUACAAAAAGUUCAAGAUAGGUUCCUUAAUUGUUAUUAUUAUUAAUAAAUGUUAACCAUACUCUUUCUUUUAAUUUUACCUCUAUUAUUGUUGUUGUUGUUGUUAUUGUUAUUAGUUAUUGAAUUUAUAUACCGCCCUAUACCUGGGGGUCUCAGUGCAGUUCACAGAAUAAAAUUGAUUCCCACCACCAUUACUCCAUAUUGAAUAAUAAUAAAUUCUUUCAUCCAUGUCCGUAUUAAAGUCUGCACACACACAUAUUGGGUCAAUAUUCCAGUUUUGUUUCUCAUUAUAGCUAGUUCAUAUCCAGUUCCAUAUGUUUAGUUCCAUUUCCUGUUGUGUUUACGAUAGCAUCCCAAUCUCCUCCUCUAGCACAUUCCAUUUUCAUACCAUAACUUUAAUAGCACGAUUCCCUGAAUUUGAUCCAGGUUGUAGGCAGAGUACUCCCUCUCUGCUAGAACUACAGGAAAACCAGGACUGAAGUCUCAAAGCUUUCCCCCCUCUCCACUCCAUCAGUGCUAUAUCCAGAUAAUUCUCCAAAUCAGCAUUUUUGAUUUUAUCUUCUACUUUACCUCCAAAUCCUUGUAUGGAAGUCAUUCCAUUUCUACAUGACCACCUGCGUCUUUCAAUUUAAUUAUUUCUUGAUCCAGUCCUGCCAGCUUUUCCUCAAUUUCGUCUGAAGCCUCUGCAUAUACCCAUUUCCAUUUUGCAUCUCAUAUUCCUCUGGCUUAUUUUUCCUUAUCUUUUGACUGAUUUUCUUCUUCAUCAUCAAACAUCGAUCAUUGAUUAAUCCAAAAGUACCUUUGUCAUACUGGAGGCUUUUAAUGUCCUAGAUACUAUUAGCCAUUCAGUCCACCUUAAUGUUUCCCCCUUAAAUCAGUCUUGGACUUCCACAGCUGUGACUGCAUUAUCUCCAAGUAGAUUCCAUUCUGACAGCUAAUUAUAGUUACAGUCGUACCUUGGUUCUUGAGUGCUUUGGUACUUGUACUUUUUGGCUCCCAAACACCGGUUUUUGAAUGUUCUUUGGAAGCUGAACGUCCAACGCGGCUGCAGGAGUUUCCUGCAGCCAAUCGAAAACCUUGAUUUUCAAACAGUUCCGGGAGUCAGCCGGACUUCCGGAACGGAUUAAGUUUGACAACCAAGGUACCAUUGUACUUCACUUUCAAUUUCCCCACUUCUUUAGUGGCAGGAAACAAACAAACAAUAGUAGUUAAGGAUUUUUAAUACGCUCCAUAGGGAACUUUGCCCUCUGUUAUCAGGAGUGGAAGGUGUUUCUUGGUGUCACAGUGCCAAGGUAGAGCAAAUAACAGUAGUUCUGAAGUAAAUUAGAGCAGUCUUCCAGGAGACUGUGCACACACUGUCCCUGUAAAGCACAUCCAAAGCACACACACCCCCUCAAAGAAUUCAGUUUGUUAAAGGUUGCUAAGAAUUGUAACUCGGUGUUGUGUAAAGCUCAGUGUUCAGAAUACUCUGAAGGCAAGAAGGUGCUUUAAAGAUAUGAGGUGUGCAUAGCCAGAGAAGUUGUACUGGGGAUUUCAGAGAAACUUAGAGCAGCUGUGAAUAAAUUUGGAGGCUUUGUGAGGAGAUGAGGCCUUUGCUUCCUCAGUGAUUAGAAAAAGUCAGUCUGUCUUUCUUAUGGUCAAAGACUUAGACCAGACAACAGAAAUAAUAAUGAUAACAUGCAUAACUACAUCAGCACCAAGGGGCAGAAGUAGUAGAUAAAAUCCCAGCUGAUAUCAAACUAUUUGCUGCAAAACCACCAGCACAUUUACUAUACAGGCUAGACAAAGUCAAAGCUGACCCAGACGCCCAUGUUCAGGGGUAGCUGAAGAGGCCCAUGAGGUAGAUGAGCAGCAGAUAGCUGAGAAUGUAAGAAAAGCCCAUCUUGGAUUACCAUCUGAUCAAGCAUCCAAUUUCCCAUAGUUGCUAACCAGAUGUCUUCAAAAAGCCCAAGGGCGGGGCUUGAAGGCAACUGUGUAGGGCUGGGUAUGGGUGGCAUCAACCUCCACAGGUAAAGAUUGAUGGAUCCAAUGCGUUGUUGCAUGGCUGCUGGCCAUCCAGUGCUGUCUCACCCUUCCUGCAGGUGGAGGCAGAGAAGCAGUAGAUUUCUGUGCCCUUUGCAUGCUCAUUCUCAGGACCCAACAACUGGCGUACCCUAGAGACAGGCCAAAAAAUGGGAGAAAUCCAAAUGUCUGUGAGUGGGACCUACCUGCCAUGUAGAAGAGCCUGGGAUCAUGGACAGAAAAUGGACAUUCAGGACACUGGCUUGAGCGAAGCUGAUCUAGCCAAAGGCUAGCAAGCGGACCUUAGACCCGCAGCUUGGACUAAGGCAUGAGUCAGUUGGCCAGGGAACCAGUUUAGGAAGAAACUAGCAAGACAGAGAAAAAGGGGCUCUCCUCCUCCUCUACUUCACCAUUUGUCACUGAUAGACUUUCUUCCGACACUUUUCUUUCAUCUCCAUGGAAAUGGGCCUUGAGAUUCCUUGCCAAGAAACCGGAAUCCCUACAGACAUGGAAUUCUGCUCAGUCCCAGAACAAAGGAAAACUACAGCUCACCAUGGGAAAUGUGCGCACUGCAGGAGGAGGGAGUCUUGCGGCAAUUGAAUGUUUUGAACAUUCUGCUGCAACAGGGUGUCUCUUCUGCAAAGGAAACAAGGUGUUCAGCAAAGGGUUUAGCUGCUUAGGUUUUGUGUUUAAGUACAGAGGGUGCAGUAGGGGAAAAUGCAGGCAUGGUUUAGUUGCCUUCACGGAAAUAAGCAUGUACUUUGUGGGACCAUGCCUUCAGGUGAAGAGCUAAACAUUACUUGGUUGUGUUGUCUUUUUUGUUUUACAGGUUUUUUUAUUCCUGUAUGCUGUCCUGUGGGCCACAUAGAGACCCAUGGUAUUCACUUCUGAUACCCACAGGCAUACGCAAUACCCUUCCAAAUACUGGAAUGUUUAUGCAAGCCAGUUCAAAAUGGAAAGGGUUAAAAAAGUAUUUUCAUAGUUCUCUAAUAUCAUAAAGCCAUGAGUGCAAUCCAAGCAAAUCCACUGGAGCAUAUUGAAUGCUACUUGAGAUGGUGAUGAACAGUUUGAUCAAAAUGUUUUACAUUUUGGUAGGCAGAAAAGACCAAGGAGAAAAGCUAAUCAGUGGGUCCCUGAGAGGCCUAGUCAUUGCCUGCCUCUCCACAGAAAUGGACAGCAGCUGCAGCCCCAGCCACCUGCCCAGCUGUUAGCUUUGGGCUCACUCCCAGCUGAGAGCUGGGAAGCUCUUGACAUUGAUAGACGAUCGGUCAAACUCCAUCAAGGCUUUGGAGAAUCAUUAAUCACCUCUAGGACAUGCAAUAAAGUAGAAAAACUGGGGAGCAGCUCUCGGUUUUAGAUUUCAUCACAAGCAUUUCAUGCAAUCCUAUGAUUGCUGAGGGAGAAGCCCCUGAGGGCUAAUAUGUCAUCGGCCUGAAGCUGUGAAUGCUUUUAAUUCAGGGAAUGCAUUGCCUUUGUACUGGGGGAAGGGGGGGUUGGCAACGCUGGGAAGUUAUAAGGAGCUGAAGUGUAUAAAAUGAUAUGUUAUCCUGAUUUGGUUUGUUACUGUGUUGGACCCAUGUUUAUACAGAGUGGCUGGGGAAAUCCAGCCAGAUGGACGGGGAAUAAUAAUAAUAAUUACAGUUUCUAAAAACAAACAUUUUUUGCUGAACAUUUCCUUAGCACCUUGCUUUGCUCGUGGAGUCCCAGACACCUUGGAAGCAGGGCCAGACUCCAACGUGGGGGUAGGAUCCAAAAACAUGGGUGUUGUUGUUUUUAAUCCUUACAUGAGCUGAACGUGUAAUGAAAUAUUUUACUUAACCAAAUAUUUGGAUUUUAACUCUUUUCUGCGAAUGAAAUGGACUUCACAGUCGCAGAAUGGGACUGCCCCACAUUCUUCUUUCUCUGUGAACCCCUCCCCGCCCCCCACAAAAGGUCUGCCAUUGGUGGCUAGAAGACUCUUGGGAAUGGUGUGGAGCAGGGUGCCUGGAGCUGAGGGGGAGAGAGUAAUUUGAAGGAAGUGAUGCCUUCCUUAUGUGAACAGAAGAGCAGCAUCCGGUCAUUUCUGUCCCCUGAGCUGCACUUGGGGUGUGCCCGUCACAAGGUUCAUUGUCACAAGAAUGACAAUGGUGACUCUCUGAGAAUCUGGCUGUAGUACUGCAGUAUUUAGUGGAGAUGUCUGCAUUGCAGGAGGUUGGAUUACAUGACCCUCGGGGUCCCUUACCAACUAUUUAGUUGUAUGAUUCUGGUAAGUAAGGAUGGAUCUGUGAUACUUAUGUGUCUACCCUUCCACCCACUGCUACUAGUCAGGUUGAAGUCUUAGAAGAUUAGCUGCUGGCUUCUUUUUUAGGACUGCCCAAAGAAGAACAAAGGGACGCAGGUGGCGCUGUGGUCUAAACCACAGAGCCUAGGGCUUGCCGAUCAGAAGGUCGGCGGUUCAAAUCCCCGCGACGGGGUAAGCUCCCGUUGCUCGGUCCCUGCUCCUGCCAACCUAGCAGUUCGAAAGCAUGCCCAAAGUGCAAGUAGAUAAAUAGGUACCGCUCCGGCAGGAAGGAAAACGGCGUUUCUGUGCGCUGCUCUGGUUCACCAGAAGCAGCUUAGACAUGCUGGCCACAUGACCCGGAAGCUGUACGCCGGCUCCCUCGGCCAGUAAAGCGAGAUGAGCGCUGCAACCCCAGAGUCAUCUGCAACUGGACCUUUACCUUUUUAAAGAAGAACAGGAUGCCACAGUGAUUAGUUUACUCAGACGUUUGCUUUAUUUUGACAGUAUUUUAUAAAAAUCCACAUUAAAUUGAUGUUUCUGAGCACAUUAUUUCUCAAAAUAGGAAUGCAUUUUGGUACAUUUUUAAUCAAAAACUGUAGCACAUUAUGUAUGUAAGGAUGUAUGUAUUUAUGAACAUUUAUAAGGCAUAUAAUUUUUAAAACAAAUGUAAAAGCCAGGAUAAGUGGUGGAUAGCUUCAUUUUGAUCUACACAUUAGUCCAGUUAGUGUAGAUCAGCUCAGUGUGUAUCAGAACUGGCAAAUAUCAAUUUUCUCAUGUGCCGCUACUAAUAAGCAACUUAAAAUAUUUCUUAAUGAACUCAAGUACCAGACAUGUAAAUUACAUUAAGCGUGAUAGUGGAAAAUCUCUGAGCUAUUGAAAAAAUUAGUCUUAUGGAGAGUGCAGCACUUCUUAUUUUGAUCCCUGGGGGAAAAUAUUAGCUGGGCCUGGCCUCAGCAGGAUUUAUCCAUUCUGAAGGAAAUCAGCCCUGAGUGCUCACUGGAAGGACAGAUUGUGAAGCUGAGGCUCCAAUACUUUGGCCACCUCAUGAGAAGAGAAGACUCCCUGGAAAAGACCCUGAUGUUGGGAAAGAGGAGAAGGGAACGACAGAGGAUGAGAUGGUUGGAUAGUGUUCUCGAAGCUACGAACAUGAGUUUGACCAAACUGCGGGAGGCAGUGGAGGACAGAAGUGCCUGAUGUGCUCUGGUCCAUGGGGUCACGAAGAGUCGGACACGACUAAACAACUAAACAACAACAAAGCAUAUUUAAAUUCAAAUUCAAACUGUUGGAUGCCCCGAGUUCUGUUGCUUUACCUUAGUUAUAAUCAAUACAGUAGUUUGGGAAUUCUGACUGGAUUUGGAAAGAAAUAUGUACUAUUGCUGUAAAUUUGCAGACCUUGAUGGAGGAGUGGAUUAUAUAUGGGUUGCAUUUGUAAAAGCUGUUAGUUAGUGUAUUUUACCAUCAUAGAGAGAGUGUUGGUCUAUUUUGGUCAAAGGACUAUCGUGUGUCUUCAUGGACUUCACAGGCUCUUUUUAUAUCCAGGAGGGCCCUGGAGGAAGCGCAGGGCUGCCAACAUUCUGGGCUGUUAAUGCCUAGCAAAUAGCAUUGCCUGUACAUGCGGAACUUUGUCAUGAAUGUCAGGCUCAAAUCCCCCAACGGAAAUGAUUGAGAUAGCCAAGAACUAUAUUGAGUCUCUUUGCUUUCUGUGGACCAAAUGAGAUGUGAUGUUAUCCAUGUCUUAGCCUUUGCACAACUGAUUAUUUUUUUUAAGGCAAGCAGUGAACAAUAGGAAAGGGCUGUCUUUAAUGGCAUCAAUCAUUAUCCUGAGUCUAGUAAGGCAAUUUCUGUUCCACACAGAAGUUUGAUACAGGCUUUCUAGCUCCCAUUUUAUUCCUGUAAUUGUUGACAAAAUAGCUAAACAGAGGGAAAAACAAUUCUAAAUCUGAAUUAUACUGUCAUGGAAUAUCUCUGUAUAAGCAAGCAGAGGUUUAUCUUUUAUUGAUUUAUUGAUUGAUUUAUUAUCUAAUCAAUAAAAUAGUUUGUCAACUAUUUACACCUGUUUUCUAGAAUAUAUUUUUUUGGAAAAACAUCGAUGUUCUCCAUUCCAUGGAAUUGGAGGGUGAUUGUAAAAUUAUGGAAGCACAGUCCCACGAUGGUGUCUUGACACUUCAGGUUGAUCUCAGUAAUGGCAUUUCUUUAUUUGUAUUAAUGUUUAUAUCCUAUCUACAGAUGGGAAAGCCUGAAAAAACCCGGAAAAAUUGGGGGGAAACCCAGGUUUUUUCUGUUUUUUCUCCAAAUGGGGGAAAAUGGCUUUGGGGGGAAAUGGGGGGGGGACUAGUUUGUUUUUUCUCUGGGUUUUUUCCAGGCCUUCCCAUCUCUAAUCUCAUCAGAGACUUCUUUACAUCUUCUCAAGAUGUGUGGGCAUUCCCAGAGACUGUUUGGGGGGCAACUGAUUUUCUAUCAGGGAAUUCUCAUAUUGUCAUGGGAGGUGAUCGAAAUGCUUGGUCAGGACAAACAAAUUUGUAAAUAUGUAGGCACCUUUUCAACAGAUAUUUCCUAAGCAAAAAGUUUAGUAAGAGUCAGCAGAAUCUUACAACACUAGCUUAUAGGGUUUUUUUUUCUUUCUAAUUUUGAAUGACAGGCCUUUGGAUGAACCAGCAGGCCACAGUAAAUACCUUUCAUUGGGGGAGGGAGCAGUAUAGUAGUUUUUUCUUAAUUCCCCCUUCUUUACUUCCUGAGGUAAAAACCUCCUCAGCAGAGGAUCAUCUGGAAGGUGGCCAUUAUCCCACCAAUUGCUUAUUCAACUGACAGUCCAACUUAUUAGAUCUACCUCAAAUUGGGAUGCAGAGGAAUCACUGCCCAAUAGUGUUCUUUUCCUGCUAAUGGUUGUUUAUCCCAGGAGUAGGAGAGACACAUGGAGAUGUUUCUGAGGGAAGGAACUCUAGCCGCUCUCUUGCACUGGUAACUUUGAAAUGUGUUAGAAUGAAUCAAUCAACUCAGUCCUGGCCUUUACCUUUCUCCCCCCUUUUUGUCUCUCCCUCCCCUUUCCGCCUUUCCAUUUCAGCCCAUCACUUUAUGGUGGUCAGGGCAUGCCAUGAAGUCACCUAUGGGCAGUACAUCCAGGAAUAUUGUCUCAGCAAGUUUCAAUCUGACAUGGAAACUCUCAGGAAGACUCUGUGGUGUGACUGGGAUAUGACUUUGGGGUGAGUUGAAAUUGUUUUGUCCAGUGGGAAGAAAAGAGCUAUGUAAACAUCUAAGAAAUGGCAUGCUGGGAUUCUGGAGUGUAUCUCAUAGCCUCCUGCAUUGGUGUAAAGAACUGUUUUCUGCUCGCUAGACAAAAGGCUGUGCAUCCCCCCUUGUUCCAACUGGUCAUAUGCAAUCUUCAUAGUUGACCAACUAGGCUACUUUCAAGGUAAUGACAGAUAAUUUGAGCAACCUGAUAGCAAAUGAUGAUUUGGUACAUCCCCUGCCCCUGUUUUUCUUCUCAUUCUGCUUCAUAAUCUAGCACAGCGUCCAACAUUUGACAGAGAAAAAUACAGAGACUUAUUUUUAGAACAUAUUAUUACAAUGAUUUCAUCUGAUCUAGUGGAUGCAAGCCAAAAAAUUGAAAAUCCUUACAUGAGCUGAACAUGAAACGAAAUGAAAUAUUUUACUUAAACAAAUAUUUGGAUUUUAACUCUUUAACUCUUUAGCAAAACCAUGAAAAUUGAAAAAAGAUAAAAAUGGCAGCAUGCGUUUGCAGAGAAUAAAAGACCAAAACCAACUAAAUGGGAUGCAAUACAAACCAUUACAUAGCCUCCCAGUAUAGUUAUGUUGUAAGAUUAGGAGUUUGAACAAGAGAGGGCUAAUGAGGCCAGGUUGACAGGAAGGGUUUCUUAGUCAUCCACAGACCAGGUUAUUAUGAAAACAACAGGUAAAACCAGAAACUGAGAGACAUAUUGGCAAAAGGACCCACCUAAUACAGUCCUGGCUGGGAAUGUUGCCACCAAGGUGCCAGCUCAAAACAAUGGAGGGCUCUUCGCCUCAGCGACUGGCUAGAACAAGACAGAGAGACGCAUCUGAGGCCUGAAAAAUAACAGUAAAAAAAAGAAGCCUGAGAGAUUGCAACAUAAAAGCCCCCACUUUGGAAUUCCAGGUGGUGAGAACAAACACAUAGGGCAAUUUAUUUCUUUAUUUAGUUUGAGGAAUUUAUACCCUGCCUACUGGCUGAGGUUCUAAAGAGCCCUGAGACUGACCAAAUGGAGCAGCCAGAGGUUUCUCCCUCACAAGCCAAGAAUUCAUCACUGACAUCCCCUGGCUCUAGUGACAGAUGCAGGAAGCCCUGCCAGGUGAGGAAGAGAAGGACUACUUAAAGGAGCCACUAUGCUACCUUUCCUUGAGAAUAUCGCCAAGCCCUGCCAGAUCCUGAGAACAGCCUUUCCCCAUUCAUGGCGGCAACUGCUCCUCCUCACAAACUGGCUCUGGCUUCAAGCCCCCACCAGCUUGGCAGUUGCCUAAAGCCACCAACAGGGGCGGCCCAUCCUGGUUCACCGCCGGAAAGGUGUGUGGCAGUGGCUUCUGGCAAGAUCUCUCACACAAGCUCUGCAAGGUCUUGCCAGAAGCCCCCUGCCCUGUGCCACCCCAGCAGCUGGGAGGGGCUGGGGGAUUCCCCUGUGCAAGGCGGCUGCUUCAUUCUGCCUUGUGGGAGGGCUGGCCCUGGCCACCAAAAAGAUACAGGGUAAAACUGUGUGCCAAACCACUCUGUGCAUCACCCCAAAACAGAAUACAGACUACCUUUCACCUGCUUGCCCUGAAACAAAUAAUUUAGUUCAUUUGCAUCCUACUAAGUUCACCCAAAUCAGUUCCUCUUCAGUUAAUUUACACUCCCAGUUAAUUUCCCAGCGAGAAUCAAUCCUUUUCUUUUAGUCACUCCAGUCUUCAGUCUUUACACACCCAAAUUAAUUUAAACUAAACUAAACUAAACACUAAACUAGGUUCAAAAGUAAUUCUGGUAUCCAGGCAAGAUUGCCCCUGCACCUGUUACUAAAAAGGGGGAUAAAACUCAGGAAAGACUGGCAGGCAGAGUAUUUUAUGUGAGGAGGGGACUGCACAGAACUUGCUUCUCUGCAGUUACUGCUUCUCUGCUCUUUGCUUGAAAUUAGCCUACCAAUCUAGGCAACCAGCAAGUCCAAAUCUUGAAUGCACCGAGGAGCUCUAAUUGUUUCAUGUCGGACAAAAGCACCUGCUCCCUGAUAAUACACUUUAUUUCUUCCUUUUAAGAUUCCUUGCCAUUGCUCCUUUCAGGUUAUAGCAACAAACCUCUGCCAUAGGGAAUCCUAAAUUAGUAGCAAAGAUAUAGAAAGAUGAAAAGAAAAUGAUAGUCAGAAAAGGCCUUGGGGGAUUUCAGAAGAUUUUUCUUUUCUUUUCUUUGCUGAUUCUGACUUUGCCUUCCAAAUAACCAGCAAAGACAGCUUCACAGAUUCCCUAUCGCUGCAUCUCCACGAACUAUACCUUCCAGGGUUUACCCUUUUCAUUCACAAGGUCAUGAAGAAAACUGCUGGUGACUCCUGAAUUCCUCCUUUGCGUGCUCUUCCACUGUGUGCCUCCCAGUUUUGAAAAAGGAGAGAAGUGAACAAGGAAUACUAAAGCCAAGCCAAGCUCAGUGUUUUUCAUCUCCUCAAUCGCCCUCUUUCCACACGCCCUCUCUCCUUUCGGGGAUGAGUGAUCCACACAAAAUGACCUGGGCUUGUUUCCUCAAAUAUGAUUUACAUGACAACAAACAAAUGCACAUGGAAAAAGAACCACCCUAAAGGCAAACAAUCUAUGGUCAGAUGUCGCUGCAAAUGACAGGCACUCACCUCCAUAGUCUUAUCAACAGCUCCCUUAUUCCUAGAGUAGCGAUGGCGCUGUUACUACAAGAGAGCCAGCUGUCUCUCCUUGGCCCUUGGUUUUUUCCAAGUGACUAGGGGUGGCUGCUGCCUUCUUUUCCAGUUGUUAUUAUUUCCACCUGCGUCUGGGUGUUUCUUUUCAGGGCAGGGAAUAAUUUUUCCUAUGGGACAAUGUGAUUGGUGUGUUUUUCUUUCUUCUCCUUCAGCUUAUUGGUUGAGCUGUGCCAAGCUAUGUCGUGCACAAUGGGGGGGGGAAGCCCCCUAGGAAAAUUUGUUGUCUCAGCCAUCAGGCACAGACCUGAUUGUACGGCCAACACCCAUGGCCUGCCUCUCCCCCUGCCCGUCCCAGGCCUGCAUUCUUGGCUGUAGUUUCAGCAGGAAGCUAUGGGACACGCGCCAGUCAGAAAUGAAGCAGCAUGUCCAACCCAAAGCUGGUGCAGGAGGUGCAAGUAGGUUUGAAGGCAGAGUUGUAUGCAGUCUAACCACUUUGGUCCCAUCAUGAGCACAAAUAAUCCUGAAUGCACAUUAAAAAAAAAAGUUGUCUGGAAGAGCCCUUAGAUUCCUUACAACAAAAUUUGCUGAGAGAGAGAGCGCGCACCCCAUUUAUACCAGGCAGAGGGAAAUAUUUAAAGCUGAGCUCUGCAUGCCACAGAUUGUACUUUUUCAUGAAGUGGGGUGUCCUCUUUAGUAAUGAUAAAUCUUUUGGAGGUGUAGAUUAAUACAUUCAACGCCUGUUAUUUCUGGCUCUUUUUAGACAAUUAUCAGUGUGCCUGGCAAACAGUCACUGUGCAUAUUAAUAUGGAUAUAAUGAAAGACCCAACACCAUGUGACUAUUCUGCCAAGGAACAGUGAAAUGACAGGUCUUCCUACGCCUGCUUUCAGGCAACCUACGCUGGCAGUCAGCUGCCUUCGCACCCGGUAAUCAACAUUCUUUUAGAACUUGGCAUUACUUUCUGGGUACACGGCUGUUUGUUGCAGUAAAUACACAAUGUGUGAAAAGGAGCCAACUGGGAAGCGGACACUGUUGGCCAAGGCUGCCCACCCAUGAAGCAGGGUGAAGCAGCUGCCUUGGGCAGUGAAAGGCCCCGAGACAGUGCCACGGAGGUGCCCCUCCCCUGCCACUGCCUCCACCACAAACAGAGAAGUGGCCCCGGCAGCAGCGGGAUCUCACUGAAAUCUCCUGAACGCUCAUGGAGCGUGAGAGAUCUCGUGAGAUUUCAGAGACAUCUUGCCAUAAAUCAGCACCACUGCCAGCGCAGCUUCUCCGCCAGUGGCGGCGGCAGCAGCCCAGAUGUGAUGCGGGCAGAGGUGGGGGCAGCAUGGUAGUGGGGGCAGAGCGGGCAGGACAGCACUUUCCCCUCAAGUGGUGUGAUGGGAGGCGCCACCCCUGGUGUGGUGCCAGUGUCAUGAGUUCAGGAUCUGUUUCAGCUCUCCCAAGCAGCUCACUGGUAGGCGUCCGAUUCAGUAGCUCAUAAGUCCCUGAUUCAGCCUCUGGCAUCGCCAUGGCGAUAACCAGGAGAGCCUGAUGGCAUAAAUGGAGUCAGCAUAAGGCAGCUUUCGAUAUUCACAUAUCCUGGUUCCCAGCACCGCGAUGCCCCUUUGUGAUAAGCAGCAGUAAUUUACAUUCACAUGCCGUAAAAGUACAGAGCAGGCAGCAUGUUCUGCAGCUCUGUUUUCCCAGUGCCGUGCAUGUCUCAGUUUAGUAUACUUUAUAAUAACGAGACAAUCCAACAUGCAGUCAGAUAGACUGUUUUAUAUGUGCAUUGGGUCGAAUUAUUUAAAGUCUUUCUACAAAUGCCAACUCAGAAGUGGGGCUUAUUUUCACAUAAGAGGGUACUGGAUUUCAGCCAAUGACAUAUUUCAUCAGCCAGGUUUUUAAUGCAUGUUAAUAUUGCGGGAUAUGGACUUUUUUUACUUGCUUUGACUGCUGCUUAAUGUUUUUUAGCUUUUAUAUUUUUAACGUUUUGCUGCUGUAAGCUGCCUUGUUGGCCCCCUUUUUAAAAAGAUGUUGUAGAAAUUAUUUUGUAAAUAAAGAACAGGAUGAUACUCUGCAGUUUUAGCUGUGAAUUCCGUAGUGGCAGCUGGAAGCAAAGCGAGAAAAUAGGUGCUUUGAUAAAUAGAUGCAGUUGCAGGGCAUGGGAUAAGCAUAGGAAUGAUCCAGGAUGAAAAAGGGUCAGGAUCUGAACAAAAUUAGGGUUUCAGGGUUUUAGCCUCUUUCUAAGAAUCUCCGGAGGAAGGAGUAAAUCUAUGAACCCCCCACCCCACCCCCACAUUUCAUGAUAGCCCUUUUCCUCUUUUCUAGGACAAAAAGCUACUGUACCUCAGUAGCUUUUUCUGAGGAAAAAGCAGAAGUGAGAGGCAGACACUUAAGUCAGGCAUCAGAAAUACAUUUUGAAAACAUGUGGGCAAAGUUCCACCAUGCCUUCAACUCCAAUAGACUUGACCCCGGGCAAAUCUAAAGGGAAAUUGUGAAUAAUUUCAUUGCAAGAUUGUCCUCAGAUGCAACAUAGUCAGCUUCCAGGCCCUUCUCUAGUUGGGCCUUCCUGAUGCAUCAUCAAGUAAGAGGAUGGCAGUUAUAGGAACCUAUGAAGAGAUUGCAGCUUAAGUUCUGAAGAAAGUUUGCAAAAAUCUGAACUUUCUGAACUAAUUGUGAAAUGCUUAUGUUCUUCCACAGCAUACAUUGAAUUACCUGGCAUGACAGGAUCAGGGUGUUUUUAACGCUUACUGAAACACUGGCGGAGGAAGGUGGGUGUGGGGGGUGCGGUGCGCACCGGGUGUCAGGUGUGAGGGUGGGUAACAUCACCGUGCCACAUACACCCACUCGCUGCACAGGCAGCACCCUGGAUACUCGCUGCGCGGGCGGCGGGCCACUAGGGACGAUGCUGCCGCAGGCGGCUAGCAGCGCACCCCAACGCUUGUUGCACGGGCCACUAGCAGUGCCCCUCCCAAUGCUCGCCGUGCGGGCGGCAGGAGGCUAGGGAAGCUCGCUGCAAGGGCAGCAAGCGAUGCCCCCCUUAGGCUUGCUGCAUGGGCGGUGGGUGGCUAAGGACGCUCGCCAUGCAGGCCGCUAGCCCCGCCCCUGCAGGCCGGCUAGCCCCGCCUCCACACUGCUCCAGGUGCCGGGCCAGGUAGCUCCACCCCUGCUUCUGAACCCAGUUUCUGGAUCUUUUAGUUAAGGCUCCCUUCUGAAGUUCAGGUCAGCAAUUCGUUGUCCAUGCCAUUUCAGUCACUAAGCUACAAUCUAUUCAGGCCCCAGCAAUGAUUUAAUUCUCAUAUAUUCCUUGGCACCACAAAGGAUCUCUUGUGGUCCAGGGAACCCACUUAAGGACUCUAUACAGGGAAAAGGAGCAGUUUUUUCUUAUAACAGCCCGUAAUGGUUGUCUUUUUGCCCUGUCCAAAGUGUGCUCAUCAGCCCUAGAUCAGCAGGGUUGGGGGACCUGGGGCCCUCUAAAUGUUUUUGGACUUGAAUUCCCACCAGCCCCAGCCACGCGGCACUAGUCAAGGAAUGGGAUAGUGGUAGCCCAGCUACAGGUUUCCCAUCCUUUGCCUACAGCUAAGACUUGCCUUAAUCUAAAGUAAUCGUUGUUGAUUUUUGGUCUCUUGUGACAGAUGCACUUCUGAGCUCUUUGGGUAACAACUGGUUUACUGCAGAUCCAACAGUGAAUAUGCAAAAACUGUAGCACUUUCAAAUUGCUACUCUGAUCAGGAAAUAGAGCACCAAGACAAAAGUUUAUGCGAUAGCAUCCUUUGGCAGAGGGAAAUAUUUAGGCUGAUAUUUGUUGGGAUUGUGCUAAUUUUGGCAGAUGACAGGCACCAUUCAAACAUUUUCGAUGACAAUUUUCCUUCUUUUUCCACUGUGACUAAUCCUUUGUGGUUUGGUUCUCCAUGAGAAGCUGAAAUCUGCCUCACUCUCUUUAGAGAUGAAGCAGAUGACAAUUGAGCUAUUUUAAUUGGAUUCCAGAUUACAUGGAGUGGCGCAUAGGUCCAAGUGGCCUGCGCUGGAAUAGCCUUGGGUGACAGCAUCACGCUUCUCAACCCACAAUACUCUAACAUGGUGUGCAGCUGUUUCAGUUGGGCAAGAGUAAAAAUAUCCACUGUGUGCCUAGGAAGACGGUGCAUAAGCACAUAUAUAUCCAUUAUUGUAAUUAAGCAGAGGCUCUUGUUGAUGUUUGUUUCUUCUCAGUACUGAUGGGCAGAAAAGCAAGUAGAUCUUGCCUGGCACACGGUGCAAGCAAUGAAGAACAACAUAUAUUUCUGGCAGGAACGUAUGAAGUGGAGAACUCUCCCCUUACAGCUGAAAAUAACAACAUCUGGUUAAAAAGAAAACAACUGCCUCACAGUAUCAGAUAGGAUCACCAAAUCCAGGAAAAUUAAAAGUACUAGCAGAAGAGAAAUGUUUCUAUUGCAUUUUCCUCCUCACUUCGUUUUUUUUUUAAAGUUGCCCCUUAGAAGUUUUUUGUGUAGCCGGGUUUUCUCAUACAGAUACAGUGGUACCUCGGUUUAAAAACAGCCCUGUUUACGAACUAUUCGGUUUACGAACUCCGCAAAACCAGAAGUGGUGUCCUAGUUUGCAAACUUUACCUCGGUCUAAGAACAGAAUCCGAACUGUGGAAGGGCACUGGUGGUGGGAGGCCUCAUUAGGGAAAGCACACCUUGGUUUAAGAACGGACUUCCAGAACGGAUUAGUUCAUAAACCGAGGUACUGCUGUGCAGCUGCAACAAGGAGGCUUCCAGAGAGAUAUGGCAACACAAAAUGACUAUGGCGCUUAAGGUGGAAGUGCACAUCCCUAAGGAGGUUCAAGGCCUCUUGCUUCUCUCCCCACCCCCAGGAUGCUUCAAACAUUUCUUGGUCCCUUCAGUUCUCCUUCUCCUCCCCCAAACAUCAGACAGUCUCAUCCCCAAGGGAAAGAAAGCCCUCUAAGCAUUCGUUCCACAAUAACGGACUGAUUCCACCUAUUUGAACCCAGCAUGCUUUUUCUCUCAUGGAUUCAAGCAGAUGCCGUUUGUUUGUGGAACAGCAAGAUCAGCAGUGACAAAGAAACAGCUGCAAAGUAUUUGCAAAUGGUAAUCAGGAUGCAACCAGAAAAUAAACUGGAUUAUUUUUUUUUUUAUGUUGAAGAAAGAUUUAUAUCAUAAAUAUCCAAUGUACUGAUCAAUAAUCCCAUAUCCAUUUUGUAUCAUGGCCUGCAAGAAUUAUCUUUCAGCCAAAUAACCAAUAAAUAUCUUGUCCUUUGCCUUGGGCAGAAAAAAGCCUUUGGGUCAGCCGCACGUGGGCACAAUCUUCACAGCCACCCAGAGGAAAAGCAAAAAGCAGCAGGAGCAUGUUAUUCCAUCUCCUCAUUCUUGCUGUGUGCCCAGAGGGGCAAGUGAACAGGCAGCAACAGCUUAAUGGAGCAGGACCAGUGGGCCGCAGGAGUCAGCCCUUCAGGAGUGUGGGCCUCAGGCAGGUGCCCAGCAAUGCCAGCCCUUGAUGGCAGCUUCUGGAAGCUCCCAACCGAGAGCUCACAAACAUGCCUUGCAAACAGGGGCGUUUGCAAGGGCGUUUUGGGGGGGGGGAGUACUGUCUCAUGGUAUGCAUAGGACCAAGAGACAUGGAGGGCGAAGAAGCUACUGCAGUGACCUGUAACACCUGUGGGAUAUUUGUCUCCCUGCUGGGGGAAAUGCAACAGUACAGUUGUAGCAAGUGGCAGCUGGAUGUCUUCCUGGAAGAGAAGGUACAGCAACUUGAGACCCGUCUAGUCACACUUUGAGCUACAGGACAACGUUCAGAGCUUCUUGACAGAGCUGAGUUGAUUGUGACUGAACAGCAAGAUGGAUGGGGUGCCCAUUGCAAGAGACUAACCUCUGGAGGAAUGUGAUGCACAGAAGUAGGACAGCCACAAGCCAUGCAGUGUCCUUGGAGCUGCAAAAUCACUUCCACUUUCUCACCUCGGACACUGAUUCUGGGCCAGAGGAGCAGUUACAGACCUCAGAAAACACCAAGGGGGCAGUGAAACGUACAGCAGAGCACAGAAUGAUUCCUGCCACCCCUCAGAGACAGGAGGAGUUCGACUUUCAGGAGUCCUUUUCCAUUAUUGACCCAACCCCUUCAGAUCUAAGGAUGAGCAUGCCGAUAACCCACUUUCUACCUUCCAAGGAGAUGAUAUUGUAGAAAGGGAAUUGCAGUCUGGAGAAGGCAAACUGAGAGGAAGGAGCAGGAAGUACUCGAACCAAAAGGUUCCUGUCUCUGUAACCUAUCCCAGCAAAAUCCAGAUCAGCUCCAAUAGACAAGGGGGAAAGACUCAAGAAGAGCAGUUGCAGACCUUUGAAGGCUCCAAGCAGGCUAUGGAAGGCAGUCUUCAGAAUGAGGAGGAAGAGAUGAGUGGUGGUGAUUGGUGACUCCCCGCUGAGGGGGACAGAGGCAGGAGGGUGUGGAGGAAACAGGGUGCCAUGGGAGGUGUGCAAGAGAUGGGCUGCAGCUUACAGUGGGUGGCAAGAAUAUGUUUGCCAAGAGUCUCGCAAACCUGAUCAGGGGAGCUUUAUUUUUUUUAUAAAUAUUUUUAUUAAUUUCCAGUUAUUAAAAUCCAAUAUAAACCACAUUUUAUCAAUGUCAAAUUACAAUUUAAAUUCAAACAUACAGUGGUACCUCGGUUUACGAACUUAAUCCAUUCCGGAAGUCCGUUCUUAAACCAAAGUGUUCUUAAACCAAGGUGUGCUUUCCCAUAGAAAGUAAUGGAAAAUGGAUUAAUCCAUUCCAGACUUUUAAAAACAACCCCUAAAACAGCAAUUCAACAUGAAUUUUACUAUCUAACGAGACCAUUGAUCCAUAAAAUGAAAGCAAUAAUAAAUGUAUGUACUAUAAAAUAAAUAAAACAGUAUUGUAAAUGAUAAAAAUUAGAAUUAAAUUAUUUUCUUACCUGCACUGAUGAUAGUCAUUGUUUGGAGGGGGGGCUUUUAUCCAUUUCCACAGUCACACAAUCAAUCAAUCAGUAGCGGAACUGGGGUCCACAUAGACCCUUCCCCCGUGCUGCUGUGGGAAAUGCUCCCUGCCUUCCGCAGCUGCAUGGGGGGGGGGGGAGUUGCGCGCCUGCCAACCUGGGGGGGUACUCAAGGGUUUGCAGUACCAGCACCUUCCCCCCUCAAAGGUUAAAAGUGUGGCACUUGCUCUAACUUCGUGGUGAGUACUAUGAGGGGAGACUUUCUGUUGGUCAUCAGGCAUUGGCUUUCCCACCUUCCAGCCCUGGGAGCUUCCCAGACCAGGACUUUGAGAAAAGCAGAAGCAGUUGGGAAGAGAGGAGUUUAGGGAUAUUUAGAAAAAAAUAAUUUUAUACUUUGUGUGUCCUUGUUUCUCAGUUUGAUCCUUUUAUAUGGUUUUGUAUGUUUUGUGGUAUUUUAUGCAUUGUGAUUUGCUAUUAUUUUUAUUGAUUGUAGAUUAGUAAUUCUUUAUUGUAAUUGAUACGUGUAACCUGUAAACCGUUUAAUUCUUAUUUGAUGUUUAAUUUUACUGUUUACUAUCAGAUUAUAAUGAAUUAUUAAAUAUUGCUUUAUUUGUUAUAAGUUGUUUAUUUUAAAGUUAUUCUGACUUUUUAUAUUGGAUCAGCUUGUUGCUAUUAAUGUUUGAUGUUUUAUUAUGUUUUUAUAUGUGUUGGAAGCAGUCCAGAGUGGCUGGGGCAACCCAGCCUGAUGGACAGGGUAUAAAUUAAAAAAUAUUAUUUUUAUAUUAUAGUACCAGCACCAUUUUUCUUUUUAAAAAGCCCUGGCACAAUCCAUGUUGAAUUAUUCACUGUCUUGAGUUUGCAAGCCAAGGGGGCUUUUGGUUAUUCGGGAGACAGCAUUUGCAAAUGUACUUCUUCAUAUGUACAUGUUCACUUGCAGCAUAAGCCUUUUAAAUGAGCUGAUUCAUUAUGCUAUUCGUUGUUGUGGUAGCCUGACUGCUGUUUCUAAAGGGAGCUUAUCUGAGUAGUUAUUAUAGCACAGCUGUUUAGACGGCUUGGAAUGGAUCAAUAUGAUUGAUAUGGAAGAGUAAGUGCGGUGGUUCUGGGGAGGCUGAGAAAUCUGGCACUUAAAUGGAUGCAGUUAGUAGAAAGUGGUUGCGUCAAUGGAGAUGUGAGCCAUUCUCUUCCAUUACUGAAAGCCCCCCCCCUGCAGGCCUGGUUUGGUCACUGAUGACAAUUAGGCUGCCCUUUCUCCUGAAGCAAAUCCUAUUGAGUUCAAUGAGACUUCCUUCCGGAUAAGCAAGCAGAGAAUUGCUGCCCAAGGCAAGUUUUUGACUUAGAGGCAGUGCUAUAGAGUCGUAAUUUCCUGCUCUUAAUGCAUUUGUUGCUUGUAUCACACUUGAAUAUUUAGUCAAACUGGAUCUUCCAAUGAAGGAUCACUACAAGUUUCUCUGCAGCUGCUCAGUUUCUUGCAGUGGCCUUGACUUUAAUCUAUUGACUUAAAUAGUAAAAGUCACUGUCCUAGUUCUGUACUGCGUCCUCUACUCACUUAUUGCCCAACUCAGGAAAAGUCUGGCAUGCUGGUUUCCCGUCGGGCCGGUGGGCAUCUGCGGCCAUGAUGAGCAAUUUCUAUUUGCGUUGUUAUGUUGGGCACAAGGGCAAGUUCAGCCACGAGUUUCUCAAGUUCCGCCCUGAUGGGAAACUGAGAUAUGCAAACAACAGCAAUUAUAAAAAUGUCAUGAUCAGAAAAGAAGCCUACGUACACAAAAGUGUGAUGGAAGAGCUAGAGUGAAAUCACAAAAGAAUAUGAUGCAUUAUCAGUUCCUCCUGACAGAGUUGGUUGGCAGGAAUUUGAAAUUGUAACUGGUGAUGAACACAUCUCUUUCACCACAUCAAAAAUUGGUUCUCUUAUUGAUGUAAAUCAGUCCAAGGAUCCAGGUGGUCUAAAAGUAUUUUACUCAGUGCUUUUUUAUAUAUAAAAAAUGUUUAUAGGUACUCUUAUUUUCCUACUCAUAUUGAAAUACUGCCCCUCAUGAACCUGAUGCUUAAGUUAAAACAAUUCUUUAAAAAGACAGUUAAAAAGACUCUUCUUAAAAACAUAUAAACUCCCUUAAAAGAAUCGAGUCUUUUUAAAGAAUUGUUUUAAUUUAUUUUGACUACGGCAGACCAACACGGCUGCCUACUAGAAUCUGAUGCUUAAGUUUAUGGCUAAUGCAGCUGCAUCUAGAGUCAACCUCACCUCCUGGGGCAGAUGAACCACUCACAAAUAGUACUUCCAUCUUAUCAGAAUUAUUCCUCCUACAGGUUCUUAUUGCUCCAGAUUGUUAUUCAUCACCCCCAAUAUAGAAGCUAAGCACAUUCUAUGCCGAUGCCAUCAUGCUAAAUAUGGAAACCACAGUGCUGUUUCUAAAGCAAAGCCACAUUUUGAUUUGUUACUGCCAAACAUUUGUUUUUCUGAGUUGGAUACAUAGGGAAAAUAAGCAAUAUCACCGCUUAGCUAUGUUUAUAAAUAGAAAUUUAUCUUAAUAACAUUUUACUUUUGGCACAGACCUUUCUGAAAGUCCAAAAGCUGCUUGCAAAGUAUUUGCACAAAUGCAUUUUUUCCCUUUGGGACUUCAGUGAUACAAUUUCCAGAGCAGCAGCAGCAACAAUUGAUCUGUUAAAAACUGUUAGUUAAAAUGGUGCCCGUGGGGUGGGCCCUGCUGGCCAUAGAGUAAGCAGCAGAAAUUGAGAGCUUCCAGAGAAAAUACUUUAAAAGAUGGAUUUCUCACUCUGAAGUACAAGUAUUAUGAAGCAAAUAAACUUUUCAAGCAGGAAAUGUAGAAAAUAAAGAUAUGUAAAAAGUGCAAAGAGAAUGGAUAUUCUUGAAAAGAGAAUUUUUUGAGCAUAGUAAUAAAAAUUCCAAAUUGCUGGCCAAAGCUGUACAGUCAAAAAAGCAAAGAUUACCCUAAUAAAAGAUAAAAUGGGUAGUAUUCACAACUUGAUGAAAGAUAAGUUGAGAGUAUUUCAGGAGUUUUACCAAGAGUUAGCAUCUUUGGGGAAGAUGAAAGAAUAUAUUGAGACACACUGGAAGAUGAAGCUAGAAAGGAGGGAACAGAAAUAGGAUCACGGGAAAUUUCUCUUUGGGAAAGGGUGAAAGUAACAAACCCUUUAAGCUCACACCAGAACGUGUGGAAGUCUGACUGAGGUCCCUGGAGUUGCCCCUCAGUCAGCUGUUUAGGCUGGCAGCGCAAUCUUAAGCAUGUGGAGGACUUCCUUCCUAAUAAGUCUGUUUAGAAUUAAAGCCUCACCCGCUGGUCUGAGAGCUGGCAAACUAAACGUGCUUUUCUUGGACAUGCCAAAUGUGAUUCUUUUUGGUGCUGUUGUUUUGUAACUUCGGUCCAAAAGUAAAUUGAUCAGAAUGCUUGGACUAGUUCCCCCCGAAUUGGCUUAUGUUAAAAGAAUGAUAACAAACGAAACAAAAAAGCCAAAACAUUUUUGAGGAAAGAGUAGAAUUUAUACUGUGGGAAAAGUUUUUCAUGUGCCCAUCUAAGGUGUCUGUAUGGGACGGCUCCAUGUGAAACUGGUAAAGCAAAAGGAGCUCCAUGUUAGUAUAAAUCACUCAGCUGUCAUUGCACUCAGGGAAUUUUUCUUGGGGCUGCUAUUUAAUAAUCUAAUGGGAACCGAAAUCAGCUGUCACUCGUUUAAGGGAAAGGGUUGUUUAAAAAAACAAAACAAAAAAAAAUCAAACAAACCCUAAAAGCCCAGUUCCAUAGUGCGACCUUUAAAAACAGAACAACUUUAAAGCAGGAGUAGCAUGCCAGGUGGGACGCGGGUGGCGCUGUGGGUUAAACCACAGAGCCUAGGACUUGCUGAUCAGAAGGUCGGUGGUUCAAAUCCCCGUGAUGGAGUGAGCUCCCGUUGCUCAGUCCCUGCUCCUGCCAACCUAGCAGUUUGAAAGCACGUCAAAGUGAAAGUAGAUAAAUAGGUACCACUCCAACGGGAAGGUAAACGGCGUUUCAGUGCACUGCUCUGGUUCGCCAGAAGUGGCUUAGUCAUGCUGGCCACAUGACCCAGAAGCUGUACGUGAGAUGAGCGCUUCAACCCCAGAGUCAGCCACGACUGGACCUAAUGGUCAGGGGUCCCUUGACCUUUACCUUUAGCAUGCCAGGUGUUGUUGGACUCCAACUCCCAUAACUCCCAGCCAGAAUAGCCCAGUGGUCAAAGAUGAUGGGAGUUGCAGUCCAAGGACAUCUGGAGAGCUGCCCAUUAGCCACCCAAUUUUUUUAUUUUAAAUCAAGCCAGAUUUCCAAAUGUAGCCGCGAUGAUGACAUUCUAAUCUCCUGAAGGAGGAAGGGGCAAUGUUUGAGUAAGACUCAGUUCAGAUGUCAUGGAGCUGAACAUUGUGGGUUUGUAAACUCUGCCCCCCUCCCACCUUGGAGCUGUGCACCCUUUUCCUUCUUUGGGUGUGAGAUAACCCUAGUAUUCUCUUAAUAAUUGAAUCAGAUAAAUUGGUUACAGUUGAACUGCUUCCAAAUUAGGAAUUGAAACCCACUUAAAAUUGUGAUUUCAGUUCCAGGUUUAGGGGCAGACUAUGGCCAGUGCAAACUACAGUUUUUCUGAUUCAGAUGUCUUGGUAAACUAUGGUUAUUUCCAACAUGGAAAGGGGAGGGGAAGGGGCACAUGGAGGGAGGUAGAGGAGGAGUAUGUGAGCCAACAUACUCAGGAUUUAUAUUCCUGUGCCACAUUUCCAUAUGAACUUUGAUAUUAAAAGACUUGUGAUGCCUCAAUCAGUCUGAUAUAAAGCCCAAAAUUAGUAGUCUUGCUUGAUUAUAUCUUUAGGCACUAGGCCAUUCCUCUUCUGCCAGGCCUUUGGCUAAUCUAUGGACUUUUAAAUUGUGUGGCAGUUAUUGUUUUUGUUUGUUACUAUGGUGUGUAUUUUUGUAUGUUUAUAUUGUAAACCAACCGAUCUUUGAAUGAAGGGUAGUAGAGAAAUUUUAAUUAAUUAAUUAAGGCUUGCAAACUAUUUUUUCUGCCAAGAAUCCAGUGCCUGCUGUCUUCAAGUGCCUGUAGUUCAACAGGGAGGGGCCUGUCUGUUUCCCUUAAACAGAAAAAAUGCUUGUGCAUGUGAUUUCUGAAGGUAUUUGGAGUGAAAGCAGGUGUGUGUGCGCGUGCAGAAAAUGACAUUCAAUCUGAAAUGUGCCUGCUCAUAAAUCUUCUUUUCAACAAAGUAUCAUGUCUCAGUUAGAGCAAAUGUGAAGAGCUCUUUGCUAGCAUGAGUGAGACAAAUAGAAAAAGGUCAACUCUGGGUAAAAAGAGCAUUUUGGAAAUCAUUGUUUAUACUUUGGCACCACAUAAUCCUGCCAGAACCCACAUGGCUUCUGAGAAGCAACUUUUUGAAAUAUGUGUGCAGCAGAAGAUAAAAGCUCGAAAAAUGGAUCUGCCUGGAGAAUCUAGCGCUCAGUUGUUGAAGCACCUACCCUCAAAACACCUUCCUUCCCCAGUGACCAUGUCUUCUCUUUCUGUCUCUGUCCUUGCAUUAAGUGGCGAGGAAAAUAAAAACAGCCUUGUAGUUUGGGUUUUAGCUUAGUAUCUUAUUUUGGUUGCGUAGGCAAUUGAUAUGUAAUUCCUUUGCAGAGCCAAACUCUUAGGAAGUGAUUCUGGCUCAGAUGAAGGCCAAAUGGCUGCAGUGCUUCCUUGGUGCAGACCCAAAUUCUUCAUCCUUCUUUUAUAGGAAGUACUCUGAAGAUAAUGCUAUUUUGAGCACCUACUGAUUAUAAAAGACUUUACUAGAUAAGGAAAAAAAGAAAGAGUGAUAAACAAAUGCAAAGAGAAUGGUUUCAUGGCGCCUCCAAAGAGAUAAAGCUGUCUAGAUGGCAGUGCUAACUGGGCCAACUGUGUUACAGGAGACAUACACAGCAAUGUCUUUUUAAUUGCUCCUCACCCAAACUAAUUUAUUAGUUGAACUCAUACACAGAUGUUCCACACCCAUUUUUUAAAGUUUAGACUGGAAUGUUUUGUCACUUUGGUUUUUAGCAACAGCAGUUGACACUUGUUUCCAUUAUAAGAUCCAGCACCAAUUUUUUUGCCUGCUUCUGGAGUGAUACCUCAGGGAUAGUUGACAAAAGUGCCAGGUGAGUGAUUUCAAGAUUAUGCUUUCUAGAAGUGAGUCAGAAGUGCAGUAAAAUACAGUUCCGAAGACUGUAACAAAUUAGUAAAGCAACAUAAAUAUGAAUUCUUCAUUUAGUAUUUAUCUUCAGAACAUGCCUUUUCACAGUCCAUUUAUUAUAACUCCACUUUGUCAGCCUUGUCAGUAACUUCCUCUGGAAACAUAAGAGCCAAAGGAUAACACACAGUUAUCCCAAAAUGCUGCAGCGACUCUGCGUUACUCAAUAAACUGGAAGAACAAAAUUACCAUUUUAUUGUUAUACUUGUUUAGUCAAAAGCCACACUAAAAGUGUUAACUAAAGAGAGAUAAUUUUAAAUUACAAAUAUUAUUUGUGAGGCGCCACCCCACUCUGUACAAGAAGUGUAGGCAGAAAAACCCCAAACACUUCUCUUUUCAUUUUCUAAUUUUCAUUUUCUAGGCAAAUCAGUGGUCUUGGUUUUCCUCAUUACCGCAUCUAGGUCUUCAGAGUCCAUCAGGAACUCUGUGACUUCACUUGUGUGAAAUGCUGAAGGCAGGAAGCCAAAGGUUGUCGUCCUUGAAGGCCACUCAUAAUAGUUGGGCAGGUGCUUCUUAGCCUACGGAAGUUGGAUCAAAUGCUCUUGGUUAUUUGUAGCAUUUGUUAGAAGGGGCACAUUUUAAAAAUAUGAGUAUAAUAUAACAGCUUUUAUGGAUCCUCUAAUGUGAAACAUCUUUAGGAUUCCUUCAGACAGAUUCUGAAGCAAUUUCCUUGUGUCAUAAUAAGCUCCCUCCACGGAGUAUUUUAUUUGCGGCUUGCAUUGAAUAUUUCAUUUUCUGAGACUGUGGGGAAGGCUGGAGUUGCCUCUGUUUCCUCUUUAAUAUCUCUGUGGCACAAUGCAGUUAUCUGCAUGAAAAUCUUGUUCUGUACGAAAUAUUAUUCUCUGCCAAGUGUUAUUCUGAAGUGAUUUCCCCAAGGAGAAACACUCAGCCACCUUCCUCACUUCCUACUUUUAAGAGUGUCAGAAAGCUUCUGUCUGCCAUUUGGUUUCUUUCUAACUUGUGUUCAUAGAAAUAGCAAAGUUGUUGGGAAAUGUACGGUAUCUUUUAGGGCAAAUCAUGUAACAGAAUGAAAAUAUAAAAAUGCAUUGCUUAACAUGUAAAGAACACUUGUCAUAACAAAAUAGAACGUUAUGAACUCCAGAACAAUAGUGAGUGGGAAUGACUGAAGUGUCACGUUUGUUUUUCUGCAAUUCUACAUAAUAUGAUGAGCUAUGUUUAGGCCGACCACUUACGGCGUAGAGCUUUCUCUGGGGGUGUAUCUCUUUUUUCUGGGGUUGGGGUUUUUUUUUGGGGGGGGCAUUGUGUCUUGUGCUGAACAGCAGGUAGACGAUAAAGGUGGGAGUCUCUAGGGGUGGAAGGAUCUGUCAGUUUUGGCCGUCUUGGUUUUGCACUUUUCCAAAGUUAAAUUCAGUUCUCAACAUUUUGCAGCAAUUUACUAUUUGUUUAAAUUCAUCAUUUUCAUGCAUAUUUCUCCUAAUAAACACAUUUUUAUAUGCAGUUCCCCUUAAUAUUUCUCUGUUAUUGUGAUUGAUUGGUAAACUGCACAGCAAAAUUUGGAUAAGUGCAAAUUUGAAGGACAGCUGUGUUUCAUUUGCAUGUUGUUUCAGAAAGGGCAGAUUUGAUAGAUUUGCUCUGAAUGAGACCUGAAUUUCUCUCUGUUCCUGGGGGUGCUUGACUUACCAGGGUGCAUUUUGUGAAAGUGUAAUGGCUCCCUCCUCUCCCCUAGAUUGCACAUGAGCUGUGAUAGAUGCUUCCCACUGUGUGAUAUUUCACUGAGUGCUCCCAUUGCCAGUGCUUCUUGCUCAUGAUUAUUUUGGAUUUGCUUUAAUUGCUAUGUAAAUUGAGUCCCUGCUGGCACAUUCGCUUUUCCCCUUGCUUCUUUUGAUACUGUGAACUUGCUUUUAAAUGAUGAAGAACAUCGUGGUUCAUGGGAGGACUCAAAUGCUCUUGUUUAUUUAUGCAAGAAUACUAGGAUGUGCUAACUGUGGUUGCCAAAUCUUGAAGACAAUUAAUCAAUCACCAAAGUUAAAUAAUUAUCAAUUACGUAACUAACUAACUAAUAAUUAUCAGCCCAGAGUUGCCACUCGUUUACUGCAUCAUUCUGCAUCCAAUGCUUAUGGGAUGGCCAUAAACACACAUUUGAUCCCUGAAACAGCAGGGUUUUUAUUUGUUUUGUCACAUUGAAACACUUCUGGCCCAGCAUCAUUAAUCCAAGUGAUAUGUCUCCUGAAUAACAUGUGAACAUACCUGGCAGCGGUAUGUGCCACCCCCCCCAGGCCCGCCCGCCUCUUUCCCUGGCUGGGGCUGGCCGUGGCCACAGCGCUCAGAGCAUCUCUCCGCCGCAGCUACAGCCAGCCUGAGCCAGGGAAAGAGGCACGCAGGCCUGGCAGCGGCACUGAUGAUGGCGGGCUGGGGGCAGAGACAGGACCCAGCUCCCACCUCAUCUUCCAAUGGCUCUCCUCUGCACACUCUCCUCCGGCCAAAGCGACCGCUCCACAUAGUGCUUCCGGGGCACAGCAGUUCAACGCCAUCACCCUCCCAAGUGUGCAUGUGCCAAAAAGAAAGAAAGAAACUGGACAUUUCCUGUAAAAUGUUGGUCCCAAAAUGUUAGUCCCCAAAGAAGAAAUGAUUGGGAAAACACAGAUAUAUGGCAACCCUAUUUAACCAUAUCCUCUUGCUUUUGGAUCACUCUGAAGUCAUGGGGCAUUGUAAAUUAACAGCCACUUCUGGGUAUAAAAAUAUUAGUUGUGCCACUGGCAUUUAUUUUCAGAUAAAAUGACCCACUUGUUCCAUACACGUCCCAGCCAAAGCAAUGCACACAGCAGGUAGUUGAUUAUUGUCAAAAGCAAUCACUUACAGUAGCUUCUCUGCAGGACUCUAUGAGUACACUUGCAUUCAGGUUCUAGCAUUGAGGCAACUGUUCCCAGUCUGCUUUUCAGCUACAGGGCACCACACAUGGCAGCAGCUGCUGCUGCUCUUCCCUCUUCAGUCUUCUCCUGGUUCUAGGAGACAGUGGGGCAGAUGGUGGGGGUCCACUCAUCCCUCCACUUACAUGAUCAGCCUCUCCAUUUCACUCCCCCAAGCCCGUUGUUCUGCUCUCCAUCCCUGAGAGCUCUGACUAUUCUUCUGACCCUGGUUCCUGCUUCCUGGGGAGUCACUGCACCCCUAAAUUGAUGGGUCCCUCUUCCCAAGUCAGUUUCCAGCCCCCAGCAUCCAACACACAUGCGUCCAAGUUCUGCCAGUCCCCAACAAUGCUUGACCUUUGAACCAUCCGUUUUUGUCUUGCUGUGCUUUAGAAAUGUAUGGAGAGUGAAUAUGUGAUUUGGUAUGUGCUUUGGAAUCCACAGGUGGGUCAUAAUAUCUGCAUAGGAAACUAUGUGCAUACAGACCAUGCAGUAGGAAUUUAUGCACACAUUAAUUUCAUAUGCCUAUGAACGUAUGAAGAAAUGGGCAUGUGAAGAAAUGGAGCUCCUGCCCCCAAACAUUCAUUGAAAACCUGAACAGGGCUUUUGUCUUUCUGAUCAAAAAUUAAAAAUAAAAAUGCUCAGUUAUAUGUAGUCAUUACAAUCAAUUAGAAAUACUAAAGACAAACUGCUCUGGUUGUCAUUUAGCUUGGAGCUCUGAAUGUUGACACCUGAAAGAAUAUUGAAUUCUGCAGGUUUUGUUGCUGAUUUACUCUUGUUGAUUUUCUAACUUGCCAUAAUUUUAGGAGCAUACCUAAGGCAUUUUAAAUGUAGUGUGGCACAGAGCAAUUAUGCAUCAUGCAGGUAGACUAAUAAAGAAGCUGUAGCUGCAACUUUGGGCAGACAAACACCAUACAUUGAAAGCACACGCCUUUACCAAAGAAUCCUGGGAACUGUAGUUUUUUAAGGGUGCUCAAAAUUGUAGCUCUUUGAGGGUGAAACAGUUCUCGUGAUUCCUGGGUGGGGGGAGCCACAUGCUUUAACUGUGUGUUGAAUGUGCCUUAUAUAUACUGUGUGGCUCUGCCCACAGCUGAGUGUACACUUUGGUGGCAAUUCCUGCUUUGCCGCUCUGUAAUGUGCAAAAUGGGCCCUAACUGCGGCUGCCUACUAACAAGUGUCCUUUUCUCUUUUUCAGCUGGUAUGGGGAGCUGACCAAUUGUACCUACCAGAUUGCUGGGAGAAUGCAUUGCUUCUGGCCAAACCAGCUAGUGGAUGAAUUCUUCAUAGCGAUUCACAAGCACUACUUCAAAAACUGCCCUGUCUCGGGAAGGGCUUUGAGAGACCCCCCGAACACCAUAUUGUGCCCGUUCAUAUUGGUACCCAUUUUUGUCACGCUGCUCAUGACAGCACUGGUUGUGUGGCGGAGCAAACGCAGUGAAGGCAUUGUCUGA